AUGACGUCCAAGAAACCCACGAGCGUGGGCAACAUCUCCGAGGAGAUCGAGGACGACCUCAGCACGCUGCCGAACAUGCAGCUGAGCCAGUUGCUCUUCUUAUUGCAGCACGCGACGCACGCGACGCACGCGACGGACGAGACUGUCAAGCAGCAACUGCUGGACCUUAUUCAGCAACACGACAUGGCGCCGUUUUAUCGCCUCGUCUGUGACACGUUCCAGUGGCCAAUCAACGCGACGCUCGAGGCUGCUAUGCGUGACAAGAACGCGCAGGAACUGGCGCAAUUGAACGACCAGCUGGCCGAUGCGGAACAGAAUCUGGGCGACAUUGAGGUGCUCGAAGCGCUAUUGGCCAAAGCGCGUCUGUUUUCGAGGAUUGGGGACAAAGACAAGGCACUCGAGGCCUUUGCAGUGGCCAGUGAGAAGCCCCAGUCGAUCAAUCAGAAGAUCCUCGUGACGCUGCAUGUCAUUCGCAUUGGGCUGUUCUUCUCGGACCUGGAGUUGGUCGAAAAGAAUAUCAAAAAAGCCACUGUGUUAAUUGAUGAAGGCGGGGACUGGGACCGACGUAAUCGGUUGAAAGUGUACGAAGGGUGCUACUUGUUAAUGGCACGUGACUUGAAAAAGGCGUCCAAGUUGUUUCAAGAGUCCGUGGCCACGUUCACGGCAACGGAGUUGAUGCCGUAUAACACCAUGGUGUUCUACUGCGUCAUCACGUGCGUCCUCGGCAUGAGUCGCGUGGACUUGAAGAAAAAGAUUGUCGACUCGCCCAAGAUUCUAGCAGUGAUCAAGGAGAUUCCAUUCCUCGCGGACUUUUUGAGCGGAAUCUACGACUGCAACUACAAGAAAUUCUUCACUGCCAUGGUCGACAUUCAGCCGUAUAUCUUGCGCGACAAGUACCUGUCGACGCACUCGCGCUACUUGUACCGCGAAUUGCGUGUGCUGGCGUAUGCACAGUUCUUGGAGGCCUACCGUAGUGUGACCAUUGCCUCGAUGGCGGCGGCCUUUGGUGUCAGCAUCGAGUUUCUGGACACGGAGCUUGCACGAUUUAUCGCUGCGGGUCGACUGAAUGCCAAGAUCGACAAGGUCGCUGGUGUGAUCGAGACCAACCGUCCCGAUGCGAAGAACGCACAGUACCAGGAAGCGAUCAAGAAGGGCGACUUGCUGCUGAACCGUAUUCAGAAGCUCGCGCGAGUAAUCAACGUGUAA